AUGUCCAAUAAUUACAGGAAUAAUACUAGCAAGGACAUAGGAUCCACUGGGCAAGCUACAGGUGGUGGUACAUCGAAGAAUCUUUUUUUAAAUAAGGCUGCUCCGGCAAAAAUUGAUGUAUCUACAAAUAAUGAUAUAUCACCCACUAUAUCUUCAACUAAUGAGAUGGAAAUUGGCCCUGAUAGAGACGCCAUCACUGCUGGAACUGAUAAGCGUCUGAAACAUGACGUGUUGGGUAAGGUAUCUGGUCUCUUAUUCAAAUCUUUAUCAAGGUCCCGCGGAAAUUCGCUCACCUCUUUGGGAAGACCUUCAGGCGAAGAUGGAAUUGAACCUAAAGUGAACCAUGGGGCAUUUUAUGAAUCAGCAUAUAAAUCAGAGCCCGUGCUAUCUGUAAAGGAAACUAAUAGAGUCUUUUUAGAAUAUGACCCAAUAAGUAAGCGCAAAGUGCUUAAUACUUAUGAAAUUUUAAGGGAAAUUGGAAGAGGAGAACAUGGAAAAGUUAAACUAGCAAGAGAUCUUGAAAGCAAUGAGCUUGUUGCAAUCAAGAUCGUUGAUAGAAAAUCAAAGAAAGACAGGCAUUCUCUCCGUCGCCGAUUAUCUACCACUCAACAACAGUUCGGAGAUUAUGAUCUGAAAAUUAAAAGGGAGAUCGCAAUAAUGAAAAAGCUACAUCAUAAGAAUGUAGUAAAACUAAAGGAAGUCCUCGAUGAUAUCAAUUCUCAUAAGAUUUACUUGGUUUUGGAAUACUUAGAGAAAGGUGAAAUCAAGUGGAAAAGACCGAAAUACGAAAAGACUAAUAUUGAUGAAUGUAACGAAGGAGAAAUUCCUUGCUGUGGACAACGGAGAAGAAACUCAUCAAUCCAACAAGAAGAAAUGGACCUUUUGUCGAAUGAGUUUUUACCUAAUUUAACAUUCAAACAGGCCAGAAAAAUAUUCCGAGAUGUCCUUCUGGGUCUUGAAUAUUUACAUCAUCAAGGAAUUGUUCAUAGGGAUAUUAAGCCUGCGAACUUACUCGUUAGUUCCGAUAACAUCGUUAAAAUCAGCGAUUUCGGCGUCUCUUUUGCUUCGUCAUUUAACAAUGCUCAUAAUGAAGGUGUUAGUAGUGACCUUGAAUUGGCGAAAACUGCAGGUACUCCUGCAUUUUUUGCUCCGGAACUAUGUCAAACUAAUUUCUCCUCAGGCAAUGGUUCUGCAUCAGAAUCAGCUUCUUCAUUAGAGAUAUUGAAGAACGAGGGCCUAAGUCUUACAAAGAUACUUCCCAGGAUUGAUCACAAGAUUGAUAUAUGGGCCUUGGGUGUUACCCUCUAUGCUAUUUUAUUUGGAAGGGUACCAUUUAAUGCAGAUUCAGAAUUCGAAUUGUUCCAAGUUAUAGUCAACCAGCCAUUGGAAUUUCCAAAAGACAGGUUUUCAUUUAAUUCUCCUACAGAUGUGUCGGAAGAAGAAUUUGAAUUAGCUAAGGACUUGCUUAGCAAGCUAUUGGAGAAGGACAGCUCCAAGAGAAUUGAUAUCAAAGAUAUCAAGAAACAUCCUUUUGUUUUAAUGGACUUACAGGAAGACGACAAUCUUAUCCAAGAUCUGUUACUCCUGAAUGAAAAUAAUGAAGGUGGUUCGAUGACAUAUACUGAUGACAUGUCUACUUUGGAUGUUUCGAAGGAGGAAGAAAAUGAAGCUGUGGUGGGAAUCGGCAGUAAAAUGAGAAAAAAUAUUGCAAGAGGAAUGAUGGAGGGUGAUAAUAAAUAUAAGCGCUUUAAUACGGGCAAAAAUCUUGAAGUACUAAGCUCAGGUGCUGAUUCUUCUUCAGGAAAUUCAUAUCAGAAUUCUUUUCUGGACGGAACUUCAGAAAACCAUUCUGUCAUUUUAUCAGAAGCUCUACAGAUAUCUACACCUCCUCAGACAUCAUCAUCGAUAUUCAACAGACCACCGAUGAAUCACUUAGACCCAUUCAGCACUGCACCUCAUACCUCCUCAAAUUUAUCCAACCAUCUAACGAACGCGAAUAGGACAGGAUCUUAUUCAACACCUGGAGCUCCUGGUAGGCAUUCUAAUGCUUUUUAUUAUGAUAUGUUCGAGCCUCAAACAUCUUCACCAAGCCGAAAGGGAAGUGCUUCAGGUCCCGUUGAAGCUCCUCAGAUUGAAACAAAAAGAAAUGUUGGCGGAGACUUAUAUCUAAAGAAUCAGUCAAUUGUUGACACUUUUAAGGGUAUUCAAGAACAGGAUGACAAAAGAAGAAGAUCUAGUGGCGUUUCAAUAACGUCACAUAUGGCAAAUGCAGUAGAAUCACCUCGACCGCACCACCCUAUUGCUGCACCCGUUCCACUCAAUGGCAAUAAGGAUACAUCAAUGCAUUUAAAAAGUUCUCCUCUAGAUAUUCCGGAGGGGAAAAGGCCCUCUUCGGUCAUAUCGUUGCCAAUAAAUGAGAGUUUCGCGUCUUUAGACAGUUUUAGUGAUGAAUACUUAACUUUCAAGUAUCGAAAAUUUAAAAACCUGCAAGGUACUACGGAGGGGCAGGAGGACACGUAUAAGAAUGGAGUGAAAUCUUCUUCUGCAAUCGAGAAUAUAAACGAAAAAUUCAGUAAAUUUGACUUGAAUAAUCUGAUGAAUAAAAAAGGUUCCAAUGCUAAACUGAAAAUAUCUCGUUCAAAUGAACAUGAGGGUAUUGAACCUAAAGCAGGUUCAAUUGAAGAUGACAGAUCAUCAUAUUCUUCUUGGUCAUCUUCUUCAUCGUCUUCAGAUGGCAGCGAAGAUGAAAGUGAUGAUGAAGAGGGAAAUUUAACAUUGGCAUUUUCUUCUAAGAUUGCUCCUCCAUCUCGCCCUCAUUUUCUUUCAAUGGGAAGCAGAGCCAAAUCCCAUGAUUCUCAUUUACCUCUUCGAAGAAAUAGUACUUCACAUUCAUAUCCAGUCAUUUUUCAAAAUGAUGCACCAGAAUUUGAAGACAUUCCUGAAAGUCUUAUACCAAGCGUUUCUAGUACGAGCUCUGCUUCCCUAAAAGUUAAUCCUGCUGCUGCGGCAACGCAUGGAAGGGGCUCCGUAAAGACCAAAUCUGGUCAUUCUGAAAGGAACACUAACUUUUCAAAUAGUGGCGCCACUAGAAAUGAGAAAAAUUUAAAGACAACUUUUACAUUUAAUGAAGAAAAUACUUCUGGGAAAGCUUUAUAUGGUAAGCUGGCUAAAAAAAAAUCAGCUUUGCUGCAGGUUUUAGGUCAUUCACCUGGUCAGAGUUUACGCGAUCGAUUUAAUAAUCAUUAUAUGAAAGAUCCGAUUAGCAGUCCUUUCCCUAAAUCUAUUCAUUUGGAUAACGAUAAAGAAAGCACAUCCAAGGCAACAAGCAAGGAUGAUAUACGUCUUGGACGAAAUCAUUUCAGAUCAAAUUCUGUAGCUAUAGGAGUUUUGCAGUACUCAAAACUCGAUGAUGAUGAUGAACAUAUAUCUUAA